UUCGCAUUCUGCUCGACCGAAACGCCACGUAAACCUCCCGGUGACGGGAUAAAUAUUUAUCCAACCGGGAAUAAAAUUUCGAACUCCAUUCGAACCGAUUCGAUUGCACGGCCGAAGGGUUCCGCGUGUGGUGCCAUUAUUUUUCUGAGGUGAAAACGUGAAGGUUGCGCGUCGAUAAGUCACAGAGUGUUCGCCCGUUGCGUGGCAUGGUCGUUUGAUAGCUAUGGGGAUGAUUACGAGAGUCAGGGGGAGGUUAAGGAGUUUUCACGCUUUGCCGAAAAUCGACCCCGAAGAGAGGGAUGAAAAAAUCGCAGAGACUGUGUGCCUACUGUCCGUCGUCUUCCUACUGCCGUAUUGUUCCAGAGGGCACGCGCCAUUACUGCUGAGCCUGGGCGGUUGGUGCCUGGCCAGUUAUUCAUUUUUGGUACUACCCGUGCUGAUCUCAGCUAAUUAUAAGUACCCAGUCAGAUGGUUGAGGCAACUCAGCAGUAAGAUAAUAGCCCUUUUCACAAAGUAUUAUGGACCAGUUUGCUACGUGCUCUACAGAAUAUACGAGCCACUAGAUAGAUGCGAAAAAGUCUUCAUGAAGAUGUCUAACAUAUCAAACUUAACUACACAGUUGGUAUUCUUCAUGGUGUGCGACAGAGUCCUGCUGUGCGACUUCGGCGGCGCCAAUUGCCCCCAGAAGAAGAUCACCGGUCUCUACUCGCUGAUGUUCUACAACGUGAUAGCCUACUGCACCGGCUACAUCAAGGAGCUCAUAGAAAAGGAAGACUGGUCGAUAACCGUCAGGAUGACGCGGCACAGCAACAUCAAGCACGUCGCCAUGUCGGCGACGAAGAUCGUCCUGGAAUGGACGAAAGCGGUCACUUUCAUCAUCACCGUGACGUUCAUGCUGCUGGUGUUCGGUUUAGAGCAAGGCUUGGAGCACUACCAGCCCACCGCUCUCUACACGUUCGUCACCUGGACGUACUACGUGUGCACGGAGAAGGUGUUUGUCGACAUGUUCCUGCCGGUGUUGCUGUGGUUGAAGCUCAAAUCGCUCGAGGCCUUGGAGCCGCUCUACGCGCCCGUUUUGCUGAAGUACUACACCACUGCUCUGUCGGUGGUCGGUGUGAUAUUGUUGAGUUUCCACGGUCAAACGAGGUUUACGAUAUUGGCCUUCUACCUCACGGUGUACUUGCGUUCCAAAGAUCUGGCCUUGAACUCUUUGAGACAGCUGCGAUCCGAGCAGGAGGUGCUCGAGCGGUUCAGGCGGGCCACAGAGGACGAAAUUAGAAACUGCGAUGAUGUUUGCGCGGUGUGUUUGAGCCAGAUGGAUAGAGCUAGAGUGACGCCCUGUCAACAUCUCUUUCACGCCGCUUGCUUGAGGCAGUGCUUGAGCAAUUCCUCGGCGUGUCCCAUUUGUAAGAGAGAGUACACUUUCGUGCACUAGUUGUAACUGAUUUUUUGGAUGUUAAUUUUAGUAGAUAUUUGGUAUGUGUAUAAGUUAAAUUAGCAUAAGUUUUUAUAUUUUGC